UUAGAGAAGCUGUUGGUCAGUCUGAAGACAGUUAGAGGAGGAACAGUCAGUCAGUCUGAAGACCGUUAAAGACAACUAGCAGACAUGAGGAGUCGCAGCAACUCUGGGGUGAAGUUGGACAACUAUUCCCGCAUGGUACAGAAGACUAUCCUGUGUCACCAGGACCCAGUGACAGGCCUGUUGCCGAGGACAGCAGAUUCACCCCAUGCGUGGGUGAGGGACAACGUCUACAGCAUCCUGUCUGUCUGGGGGCUCAGCCUGGCCUACAGGAAGAAUGCUGACCGGGACGAGGACAAGGCAAAGGCCUACGAACUGGAGCAGAAUGUGGUCAAGCUGAUGAGAGGUCUGCUGCAGUGUAUGAUGAGACAGAUUGAGAAGGUAGAGAAGUUCAAGUACAGUAAGAGCGUGGGGGACUGCCUGCACGCCAAGUUCAGCUCCCAGACCUGCGCUCCAGUGGUGGGGGACGACGAAUGGGGACACCUGCAGGUCGACGCCACCUCCAUCUUCCUGCUCUUCCUGGCUCAGAUGACUGCCUCAGGACUCCAUAUUGUGUAUACUCGUGAUGAGGUGGACAUCAUCCAGAACCUCAUGUUUUACAUCGAGGCAGCUUAUAAAGUAGCAGAUUUUGGCAUGUGGGAGCGAGGCGACAAAACCAACAAGGGCAUUCCUGAGAUCAACGUCAGCUCCAUCGGCAUGGCCAAGGCCGCACUGGAGGCCCUGGAUGGUCUGAACCUGUUUGGAGCGAAAGGGGGUCCAGAGUCAGUGGUCCACGCCCUAGCGGACGACAUACAGCACUGCCAGUCCAUCCUCAGCUCCAUGUUGCCCCGCGCCUCCACAUCCAAGGAGGUCGACGCCGGCGUGCUGUCCAUCAUCUCCUACCCCGCCUUCGCUGUGGAAGACCUCAGCAUUGUCACCCUCACCAAGGAGGAGAUCAUCUCCAAGCUGCAGGGGAGGUAUGGAUGUUGCCGUUUUCUGCGAGACGGACACAAAACGCCCAAAGAGGACUCCACCCGUCUCUACUAUGAGUCAUCAGAGCUGAAGCUUUUUGAGAACAUAGAGUGUGAAUGGCCUCUGUUCUGGACCUACCUCAUCCUUGACGGCAUCUUCACCAAGAGCCCUGAGCAGGUGCAGGAGUACCGAGAGGCGCUAGAGGCCAUCGUGAUCAAACAGAAGGACGGGAUCCGUCUAGUGCCGGAGCUCUACAGCGUCCCUCCUGACAAGGUGGAUGAGGAGUAUAUGAAGCCACACUCUGUGGAGCGAGUUGCCCAGGGCCAGUGUCCUCUGAAGUGGGCUCAGUCUCUCUACGUGCUGGGCUCCCUGCUGGACGAGGGCUUCCUGGCUCCGGGGGAAAUCGACCCGCUGAACCGUCGCUUUUCCACCAUCCCCAAGCCUGAUGUUGUGGUGCAAGUGAUAAUCCUAGCAGAGACAGAGGAGAUCAAGCAGCUGCUGCAGCACCACGGCAUCGAUUCUGAGACGCUGGAGGACAUCCACCCAAUCAGAGUUCAGCCUUCCAGAGUGCUGAGUCAUAUCUACGCCCGGCUAGGUCGCAACCAGCGGUUGGGGUUGACCGGGAGACCGUACCGUCGUAUUGGGGUGCUGGGAACCUCCAAGUUCUACCUGAUCAGAGACACGGUGUUCUCCUUCACACCACAGUUCUUCGACCACCAGCAGUUCUACCUGGCGCUGGACAACAACAUGAUCGUGGAGAUGUUGCGUACGGACCUGUCCUACCUCUGCUCCCGCUGGAGGAUGACCGGCAGGCCCACCGUCUCCUUCCCCGUCUUACAGAGCAUGCUCACUGACGACCAGAAAGAAGUGGACCCUGCUGUCCUGGCCACCCUGAAGAAGUUGCAGGACGGAUACUAUGGAGGAGCCAGGGUCCAGACAGGCAAGAUGUCACAGGUCCUGUGUACAUCCAGCUGCGCCCACCUCACGUUCAUGGACUGUGAGGUGGACGACCUGGCCCAGUACCUGGACCAGCUGCUGGCCGUACCAGAGGAGACCCAGAAGAUCAGCAACACCGAGGGAGGACUGAACCGCUUCCGCGCUGCCGCCAACAAGACCCUGGAGAUGGUGUCCCUGGUGCACAAGGCCCGCCAGCUCGACAUCCACAAUGUGCAGAUGUACCUGCCCACCAAGCUCUUUCGUGGCCCCCAGCCCAGCCUGCACCUGCUGGACUCUCAGCGCUCCAGCAUCCAGGCCCCCAUCUCCCUGCCCAGGGACGUGUCCGGGGGUGUGGACCACCAGGCUCUGGUCCAGAUGCUGAGAACCUGCCAGAACCUGCAGGACCAGGCCGACAUACUCUACAUCUUCUACAAGGACAAGGGUAUGGGCUGGGACACCAGGCUGCAUGGUAAGGGCUCCACAGUGAGGCAUCUGCUGAGUCAGCUGUACAGCCAGGCGGGAGCGCUGAAGCACUGGGGCCUCAUACGCAUGAUGUCUGGGAUGCUGCGCAUGAAGGUGGAGGAGCUGGACGAGGCCUGUUCUGACCUGCUGGCUCACCAGAAGCACCUGACCGUGGGUCUACCUCCAGAACCACGAGAGAAGACCAUCUCAGCCCCCAUACCUCCGGACCAGCUGGCCAAGCUGAUUGACACGGCCAGCGAGAACAACCUCACCAUCGCUGUGCUCACCCAGGAGAUCAUGGUGUUCCUGGCCAUGAUCAUCCGGACCCAGCCAGGCCUGUUCUCUGAGAUGUUCCGUCUCCGGAUAGGACUCAUCAUCCAGGUCAUGGCUACCGAGCUGGCCCAGUCUCUCAACUGCUCAGGUGAGGAGGCAACAGAGAGCCUGAUGAACAUGAGUCCCUCAGAGCUGAAGAACCUGCUGCAGCUCAUCCUCUCUGGGAAGGAGUUUGGAGUCCAGAAGAGCGUACGUUCUACUGGUGCAAACUCAGUGGCCAUUCAAGAGUCUGAGGCCUCCAAGACAGAGAGACCAGCCGACAGGACAAGCUCUAGCAAGCACAGCAGUGACAUACGCCUGUCCUUAUCCGUGCACUCUCUGGACAUAGAACACAUCGAGUCAGGGCGCUACAGACAGCCCUCCAUUGAGUCGUUCCAGGGCCCGGCUGUUAAACCGGUGAAGGACGGCCGGCAGGGCCAGUGGCUGAGGAGGAGGCGUCUUGACGGGGCCAUCAACAGGGUUCCUGUGGGCUUCUACCAGAAGGUCUGGAAGAUUCUGCAGAAGUGUCAUGGUCUGUCCAUUGAAGGAUGGGUUCUGUCCUCCUCCACCACAAGUGAGAUGACCCCGGGGGAGAUCAAGUUUGCGGUCCACGUGGAGACGGUUCUGAACCGGGUCCCUCAGCCGGAGUACCGGCAGCUCUUGGUGGAGGCCAUCUUGGUUCUGACCCUGCUGGCAGAGCUGGAGGUGGAGACCAUCGGCAGCAUCAUCCACGUGGAGAAGAUUGUCUACAUGGCAAGUGACAUGUUCUACCAGGACCAGAAGGACCUAGGAGCAGAGGAGUCUCUCUUGGAGAGGGACCAGUCCAAUGGCAUCUGCAGACUGCUGUAUGACAGCGCCCCCAGUGGCCGCUUUGGGAGCAUGACUUACCUCUCCAAGGCUGUAGCCACCUAUGUCCAGGACUACCUGCCUGGUGGAGCCUGUGCUAUCCAAUGAGACGCCAGCUAGGACAGUCAAGUGGAUUGGUGGGGAUCAGUCAACUGACCUUACCCAGCUUCUGUGAUUGGCUGGGCACUGUUGCAUACCUCUGCAUACCUCUGCUUGUGUGGUUGCUAUGUGUUGGUUGUUAUGUGAUGGUUGAUAUAUAUUAGUUAAGAGUAAAUACUGCCUGACAGUAUGGUCCUUACGUGACAUUAUGUUAAGUUUGUAUCAUUAAUGGUUAAAUAAAUUG